GUAAAACCCAGUAAUUGGCGUUUCCAGCGAACAGCAGUAUAUUUGUGUUUAAUGGAUAUUGGGAUUGUGUUUUCCGAUUUAAGAUUAUAAAUUUCGUAAUAAUACUCAUCGGAAACCACUGCUGUUCUGUAUAUUUUCUACAUUUACAGUUUUUAAUUUUCUCAUUGCCGAUGCUUCAAAUACCGUUUCCUAUAAAAAUAUCGUUUUUAUUUUUCGUUUUUAUAUAAUGUCCGGAAACGAUUCGACGGACGAUCAAAGUGAAGACGGUGAAUUACAAAGCCCCGUGGAAAACAAAGAGGAAUCUGAAGGGAUGGAACACCAAAACAAUGAAGACGAUGAUGAUCCAGAGAACGUUGAUGCAUUAGACAUAAAACCUCCCCAAGCGAAAGUUUCUAACCGGAAGACUAAAAGGCGUGAACAUGAAAAAACCCGCCACAAGAGGUCAGAUAGAUCAGAACGCCAUAGGGAAGAGAGGCACUCUCAUCGGGAAAAACAUCAUAGAGAUAAAUCCUCAAGAUCUCUUAAAGAAAGAGAGCACUAUCAAAAAGAAAGAGAUAGAUAUUAUCGGGAGCAAAUGGGGUACACUGAUGCCCAGUAUUUAACAGAAAGGGCUUUUAGAGAAAGGAAGGCGGAGGAGGCGCGAAAUCGCCACAUUGAAUCUAGAAAACAAGAAAAAAUAGUGAAAGACGUAAGAGGUCAUGGAAAAGAUCAAGAGAAGCACAAGCGGGAAAAACAUGAUGAAGAAAACAGAGAUCGAGCAAGCAAAGCUUUGGCUGACCUUCGAGAAAGGCUAAUUGAGAAAAGAACAAAAGGAGAUGAUUCAGCUCAUAAGCAUGGGAAAAGAAGUCGCAAAGAUAGGAAAUAUCGUUUGCAUCAUGAGAAUCAUGAAGAUCCUCUUGAGGGAGAGGCUGGUAGUUAUGUUAAAGAGAUAAUUAAUAUUACUACCGAGGAGAGGAAAAACAGAAAAGAUAAAGAAGGAGAGAAACAGCUAACAGAAGAAGAGAAGCAAGAGCAGGAGCAGAGACGUGAAAAACUGUUGGAAGCAGAGAGGGAAAUGGCCAGGCUAAAGGAAAGAUCUCGCGUAGAACGCGAAAGAAGACAUUUGGAGAAAGUCUCUAAGCGCAAAAAUGAAGAAGAGGAUUCGCCUUCCAAGCGUGUGAGAAGUGAUGAUGUCCAGAUUGUUAUGGUGUCAGACGCAUCUGACGAAGCGCCUUCUGACAUCAACGAUGUUUCAGAGAAGAGCUUAAGCGAAGGAGAAGAUGUAAUUAGCGACAGGAGUCGAAGCAGGAGUGUAUCUGAUAGGAGUAAGAGUAGGAGCAGAAGCAGAAGCAAGAGUAGAAGUAGAAGUUAUUCUGGUGAUGAAAGUGUGGAUUCUGAAAGAAAUUCUCGCUCCAAAACUAAGUCUAGGAGCCGCAGCCUUAGUAAAAGCAGAAGCAGCAGGAGUAGAAGUAGAAGCCAUAGCUCUGAUCGAUCUCGUUCAGAAUCAGUAAGAAGCAAAGAGGAAGACGAUGAAAUGCUGAAGGACAAAGACAAGGAUGAGAAAGAGGAGAAAAAUGGUGAAGAAAAAAAACCUAUCAUUGAUGACGAUUUGCCACCCUAUUAUCCGGCAGUUCAGGGUUGUCGCUCUGUCGAGGAGUUUCAGUGUUUGAAUAGAAUAGAAGAAGGUACCUAUGGUGUUGUAUACCGUGCGCGGGACAAACGUACCAAUGAAAUCGUCGCCUUAAAGCGGCUAAAAAUGGAAAAGGAAAAAGAAGGCUUCCCGAUCACUUCCCUAAGAGAGAUCAAUACCUUACUGAAGUGCCAGCAUGCCAACAUAGUGACUGUACGAGAGAUUGUGGUUGGCAGCAACAUGGACAAGAUAUUCAUUGUGAUGGAUUAUGUAGAACAUGAUCUCAAAUCACUAAUGGAGACGAUGCGACACAAGAAGCAGAGCUUCAUGCCUGGCGAGGUCAAGUGCCUCCUGAAGCAGCUGCUGCAGGCGGUCGACCACCUGCACGAUAAUUGGAUUUUGCACAGAGAUUUGAAAACUUCAAACCUGUUGCUCUCACAUAAAGGUGUCCUCAAGGUGGGGGAUUUUGGUUUGGCACGUGAGUACGGGUCUCCCUUGAAGCCCUAUACGCCGAUCGUCGUUACGUUGUGGUACCGAGCGCCAGAAUUGCUUCUCGGAAUUAAAGAGUAUUCCACACCAAUAGACAUGUGGUCAGUCGGAUGCAUAUUUGCCGAAUUGUUGCUAAUGAACGCCCUCUUUCCAGGAAAGUCUGAAGUUGACCAGCUAAAUCGCAUUUUCAAAGAUCUUGGCACGCCUAGCGAAAAAAUUUGGCCUGGCUUUAAAGAGCUGCCCGCUGUCAAGAAAAUGAAAUUUAAUGAAUACCCGGUUUCCAAUCUAAGGGCGAAGUUUAACACCCUAAGUGAAGUGGGUCUUGGUAUGCUUGUCAAAUUCCUCACAUAUGACCCUGCGCAGCGGGUCACCGUCGAGGAAGCCAUGAAACAUACAUACUUUAACGAACCGCCUCUGCCGAUCGAUCCGGCUAUGUUCCCGACAUGGCCUGCCAAAUCGGAGCUCGGCCACAAGAGAGCACUGGCUGCCAGUCCCAAACCACCGUCAGGUGGCGGGGAGUAUAAGAGAUUGGGCGGAGAAGACGAUGAUGGUUACGGCUUUCGUUUGGGGAUGGGUGUCGAUAUUAGGAGAGGCGGGGCAGGAUUUAGUUUAAAAUUUUGAAUAAGUUGUGAUAUAAUUUCAAGUUCAUGUAUUAAAAGUCUUGAAAAU